UUCUGUCAAGUGUCAAUGUCAAAUUUCCAAAGCAAAUUGUUGUUUUUGCGUGCGUUUAUUUAUUUACGUGCAAUUGUGAGAAUUCUGUAAUUUAAGUUUAAAUUCAUUAAUACAUCGCUAAUAGUACGACAGCAAGAUGCCUCCUCAAGUUUACUUCGAACACCAUCAGCUUUCCAACAAUGGCCACUUCGAAACUGUGUCGUCAUUGAAAGCACACAUUUCACAACAGUAUGGUGUACCUACUGAAGAUCUGUUUGUGACGAUCAACGGGAAGCCGUCUCCCAACGACUUGAACCUCACUAGCUGUGAGGAUGUGGUCCGUGUGUGCUGCAGGCUCGUGGGAGGCAAGGGCGGGUUCGGGUCGAUGCUGCGAGCCAUUGGGGCGCAGAUCGAGAAGACCACCAACCGCGAGGCGUGCCGGGACCUCUCCGGCCGCCGCCUGCGGGACAUCAAUGAGGAGAAACGCCUCAGGAAGUGGCUGGACGGCCAGGCAGACCGGGAGCGGGAGGCCGUUGAACGCAAACAGAAGAGAUUUGAAAGGCUCAUUGCUGAGCCCAAGAUAGAGGUUAAUAUAAAUGAUCCGACGUACGAGAAGGAGCGCAGUGAGCUGCCGGAGCGGGUGAGUGCUGCGGUGGAUGCGGGCUGGAGCGCGGCCGGGGGCAGCGGCUGCAAUGCCGGCACCAAGAGGAAGGCGGAAGAUGUGAAGAAAGGAAAGAAGAAGUCUAAGCUGUGGAUUGAUGCAGACCUGUCGGAUUGUUCAUCGUCACUCAGUGAUGACGAUGAAGAUGAUGACGACAAGUCCAGCCCGGGUCCCACAGUGUCUACUGACAGUGGAAAUGAGUCGGACAGGGUCUCUGAGGCUAAGAAAGUGCAGUGAAUACUUUAUACCUUUGUAAUUACAUUAUUUGAUGAUGUCUAAGAUAAUUGAUUAUUCUGUAAUUAGUUUUAAGAAUUGUAAUAAAUAUCCAUAGUUGUAAGAAA